AUGGGUCUCUGGGGGAUGCUCUGCUUCCCCCUGGGUCUCCUACUUGGCUCUGUCCUCCUGGUGGCCUCAGCUCCAGCCUCUCUCAAGCCUCAAGGUUGCACCGACAAGGAGCAACAAGUCACCGUCAGCCACACUUACAAGAUUGACGUGCCCAAGUCUGCCUUGGUCCAGGUGGAGGCAGACUCUCAGCCCCUCAGUGAUGACGGGGAUUCACUCCUCGCCCCGGGGGAGUCUGGCGAGGAACAGAACAUCAUCUUCAGGCACAACAUUCGCCUGCAGACGCCACAGAAGGACUGUGAGCUGGCAGGCCUUGUCCAGGACCUCCUAGCCAGGAUGAAAAAGUUGGAGGAAGAGGUAGCAGAGCUGAAGGAGCAGUGUGGCGUCCAGCGCUGUUGCCAAGGAGCUGCUGAUCUAAGCCCCACUUGCAAUGGCCACGGGACCUUCUCCUCCGAAACCCGCAGCUGCAGCUGCGAGCAGGGCUGGGAGGGCGCCCGCUGCGAGCGGCCCACCUGCCCCGGGGCGUGCAGCGGUCACGGGCGCUGCGUGGACGGGCACUGCCUGUGCGAUGAGCCCUACGUGGGGCCGGACUGCGGCUUCCCGCCCUGCCCCGAGAACUGCAGCGGCCAGGGCGUGUGUGUGCGCGGCGUCUGCCAGUGCCACCAGGACUUCACGUCCGAGGACUGCAGCGAGCAGCGCUGCCCCGGCGACUGUAGUGGCCACGGCUUCUGCGACACUGGCGAGUGUUACUGCGAGGAGGGCUUCACCGGCCCCGACUGCGCGCAGGUGUUUGCCCCCCAGGGCCUUCAGCUGCUCAAGAGCACAGAGGAUUCUCUGCUGGUGAGCUGGGAGCCCUCCAGCGAGGUGGACCACUACCUCCUCAGCUACCACCCCUUGGGGAAGGAGCUCUCUGGGAAGCAGAUCCAAGUACCCAAAGAGCAGCAUAGCUACGAGAUUCCUGGUUUGCUGCCUGGCACCAAGUAUAUGGUCACCCUGCACAACGUGAAGAAGGAUGUUUCCAGCAGCCCACAGCAUCUACUUGCCACCACAGAUCUUGCUGUGGUUGGCACUGCUUGGGUGACAGACAAAACUGAAAACUCCCUCGAUGUCGAGUGGGAGAACCCUCCUUCUCAGGUGGACUACUACAAGCUGCGGUAUGGCCCCCUGACAGGGCAGGAGGUGGCCGAGGUCACCGUGCCCAAGAGUAGUGACCCCAAAAGCCGAUAUGACAUCACUGGUCUGCAGCCCGGGACAGAGUAUAAGAUAACUGUGGUGCCCAUGAGAGGCGAGCUGGAGGGCAAGCCAAUUCUCCUGAACGGCCGGACAGAAAUUGAUAGUCCCACCAAUGUGAUCACUGAACGAGUGACAGAAGAUACGGCUGUGGUCUCCUGGGACCCAGUCCAUGCAGCCAUCGAUAAGUAUGUGGUGCGCUACACCGCCCCUGACGGAGAGACCAAGGACAAGGCGGUGCCCAGGGGCCAGAGUAGCACCGUCCUGACAGGGCUGAAGCCGGGAGAGACCUACAAAGUCCAUGUGUGGGCGGAGAGAGGCAACCAGGAGAGCAGGAAGGCCAAUGCCAAAGCCCUGACAGAAAUUGACAGCCCUAUGAACCUGGUGACUGAGCGGGUGACAGAGAACACAGCCACUGUGUCCUGGGACCCGGUGCAGGCCGCCAUUGACAGGUACAUGGUGCGCUACACCUCUGCGGAUGGAGACACCAGGGAGGUGCCCGUGGGGAAGGAGCAGACCAGCACCGUCCUGACGGCCCUGAGGCCGGGUGUGGAGUACAAGGUCCACGUGUGGGCCGAGAAGGGGGACCGGGAGAGCAAGAAGGCCAAUACCAAGGCCCCCACAGACAUUGACAGCCCCCAAAACCUGGUGACCAAUCGGGUGACAGAGAACACGGCCACUGUCUCCUGGGACCCGGUGCAGGCCGCCAUUGACAGGUACAUGGUGCGCUACACCUCUGCGGAUGGAGACACCAGGGAGGUGCCCGUGGGGAAGGAGCAGACCAGCACCGUCCUGACGGGCCUGAGGCCGGGUGUGGAGUACAAGGUCCACGUGUGGGCCGAGAAGGGGGACCGGGAGAGCAAGAAGGCCAAUACCAAGGCCCCCACAGACAUUGACAGCCCCCAAAACCUGGUGACCAAACAGGUGACAGAGAACACGGCCACCGUGUCCUGGGAUCCGGUGCAGGCCGCCAUUGACAGGUACAUGGUGCGCUACACCUCUGUGGAUGGAGACACCAGGGAGGUGCCCGUGGGGAAGGAGCAGACCAGCACCGUCCUGACGGGCCUGAGGCCGGGUGUGGAGUACAAGGUCCACGUGUGGGCCGAGAAGGGGGACCGGGAGAGCAAGAAGGCCGACACCAAGGCCCCCACAGACAUUGAUAGUCCUCAAAACCUGGUGACCAAUAAGGUGACAGAGAACACUGCCACCGUGUCCUGGGACCCAGUGCAGGCCGCCAUUGACAGGUACAUGGUGCGCUACACCUCUGCGGAUGGAGACACCAGGGAGGUGCCCGUGGGGAAGGAGCAGACCAGCACCGUCCUGACGGGCCUGAGGCCGGGUGUGGAGUACAAGGUCCACGUGUGGGCCGAGAAGGGGGACCGGGAGAGCAAGAAGGCCGACACCAAGGCCCCCACAGAAAUUGACCCUCCCCAAAACUUUCGUCCAUUGGCUACAACACCAUCUGGCGGGGUGUUGACCUGGACACCCCCUUCUGCCCAGAUUGAUGGCUAUAUUCUGACCUACCAGCUCCCGGAUGGCACCACUAAGGAGGUGCGGCUUGGCCCGGGGGACCAGAGAUUUGAGUUGCAAGGCCUUGAGCAGGACAUCACCUACCCUGUCUCCCUGGUUGCCUUUAAGGGUGACCGCCAGAGUAGGAGUGUGUCUACGAAGCUUUCCACAGUUGGUGUCCGUUUUCCACACCCUUCGGACUGCAGCCAAGUCCAGCAGAACGGCAACGUGGCCAGUGGUCUGCACACCAUCUACCUGCACGGCGACGCCAGCCGGCCCCUGCAGGUGUACUGUGACAUGGACACGGACGGAGGUGGAUGGAUUGUCUUCCAGAGGCGGAACACUGGGCAGUUGGAUUUCUUCAAGCGUUGGCGGACCUAUGUGGAAGGCUUUGGGGACCCCAUGAAGGAGUUCUGGCUUGGACUUGACAAGCUACACAAUCUCACCACUGGCACUCCUACCCGGUAUGAGGUGAGAGUGGAUUUACAGACUGCCAAUGAAUCCGCCUAUGCCAUCUAUGAUUUCUUCCAAGUGGCCUCCAGCAAGGAGCGCUACAAGCUCUCAGUUGGGAAGUACAGGGGCACAGCUGGGGACGCUCUUACUUACCACAAUGGUUGGAAGUUUACAACUUUUGACAGAGACAACGAUAUUGCCCUCAGUAAUUGUGCCUUGACUCAUCAUGGCGGCUGGUGGUACAAGAACUGCCACUUGGCCAACCCCAAUGGCAGAUAUGGGGAGACCAAACAUAGUGAGGGGGUGAACUGGGAACCAUGGAAAGGACAUGAAUUCUCCAUUCCUCAUGUGGAACUGAAAAUCCGUCCUCUUGGCCACAACGGAGAGCAUGUCCCAGCCAGAAAGAAGCGGACACUAGGAGAAAAGACCAGAACAUUCUGAUGGCCUGCUUGAGCAAUCGUUGCACCAGACAAGGCCAGCCUGGAGUUGGGGCUGCAUACUAAGGGGGUGGGGUGGGCAGUGGCUGACUGGCUAGUAGAAGGUUGAGAAGUGCUCAGAGCCUCUAAUUUCUGAGGUGGUUGGAUAACCUGCAGAGCAAAGCGUGUUACCAAGCUUCCUUCCCUGUCACCUGCAUCUUUGCCCAUGUAUUGGUGGUCAGGGCAGAGUGGCAUGGGCUGGGAAUUGACAGAGUAGGAGUUGCUCUUUGUGUGGGACUGCAAGGUAUUUCAGUUUGUCUUCAGCAACAAAUAGGAUUGGGGGAAAAUCAUCUAGCAUUUCACCAAUUGGAAACCUCUAGAAGUUGGUAAAGGUCUGUUGGUACAAAUAUUUCUAGAAAGCAGCCCAACAGAGGAGCUCUAAUGACCAAGAAGCUGGGUGGCUAGAUGCCUCCUAUGAACCACGGGGAAAAACCCCUUUAUAAAAAUUGCUGGUGUUUUGAGGAAGAGGAAAGGGAACCGACAGAGGCCGAGAUGGGCUCACAUUUAGCCGAGUUCUGACUAGUAUCCUGCUGGAAAUCAAAGCUCCCGUGUUACUCUCUUUGGGUACCCCUUUCUGGCUAUUUGCAUAACCAUGUUCAUAG